AUGGGAACUCUGGUUCACAAAGCCAUGCAAAUCAAUUUGCACCGUGAUCCGAAGCAACUCUCGGGGAUCUCGGUGCUUCAAGCCGAAAUCCGCAGGAGGCUAUGGGCUACUAUUGUUGAAAUGACUACACAGGCGGCUUUGGACUCCGCUAUGCCAGCUACUAUUCCCGAGUCGGAUACGGAGGCUCCAUCAAACAUUAAUGACGACGAGAUUGACGAAUUUACAGCCGUCGUCCAGCCCCAUUCCAAGGAUAUAUAUACCAAUACUUCGCUGCAGCUUCUUCUCCUUGACUCGUUGCCAAUCCGUCUACGGAUCCUCCAUAUAUUGACCAGUUUGAGCUCGGAGAUUUCCUAUUUGAAUGUGAUUGCAUUAAGCUCUGAACUGACCGAGGCUUCGAGCUCCUACUACAAAUUUCUCAAAGAGAACGCAAGUUCGAUCAUCACGUCAUUCCACCGGAAUCUUCUCGAUUACCUAGUUCGUCGUUUCAUGAUUCCCCUGCACUGCCCAUUUACAAGCAAGGCCCGCACAAACCCACUAUUAUCUUCCUCAUUGAAAGCCAGUCUAGAUGCAGCAAUGGCCAUAAUGUCACCUGAGCCUGAUGAAGGUUUCUCCAGACUGAUGGCUACCGGUGGUGGUCUAUUCAGAGAAGGUAUAUGGUGUGCUAUGACUGUCAUCAGUAUCGAGCUGCUAGCCCAAGUUGAAUCACAACGUGUUGAUGGCACACUGCAUCGAAAUUCCGGGUACAUCGGACUACUCAAACAGAUUGUUAAAGAUUUCGUCUCUUUCUCUGCUGAGCGAAUCCGUCAGGGCGAGACAAACAUCAAGUGUCAUAUGUUUUUGAGCAUGAUCAUCGCUCAGGUUGAGGCGAAGCAGUCGGGUGCCGACUGCGAAUUGAGAAUUGCUCAAAGUGCCAAUGACAGUCUUGAGUUCUGCCACGGUCUCUUACUCGCGCUUGCUGGCACUGUCCCUUUGGCGGAUUCGAAUGAUGACGGCUUGGGACCGAUGAUAAGUCUUGAUGGCGAAUCGAGAGAAGCGGGCUCGGGAUUUGACUUGGACUUAGACUGGGAUUUCCUCCUGCCCGAUGCAGGGGUUUAA